GUCGGUUGUAACCUUUCCCACCGGAAACAGUCAUGCAAGUAAACCCAGUGAGUUUUUGGAGGUGAGAUCGUAGUUUCACAUGCAACAAAAACAUGUCUAAAAACACAAAAAUAGCGCUGGUGUUUGGAGGCUUUAUAACGGCGGUGGCCGCUGCGUUUUAUCCCAUAUUUUUCUAUCCUCUGACACAUAAAGACGACUACAGAGAAGUCCAGAAGGUGAACCGGGCAGGAAUCAACCAGGCAGACGUGCAGCCUGCAGGUCUGAAGAUUUGGUCUGAUCCGUUCAAGCCUGCAGACAAAUGAUGAAUAAAGCUGAUCCUGCAGACGUCCUGCACAUUGAUGCUGAUUAAUAUUGUUGAGGAAUGCUUGGUGUGUGUCUGAGUGAAAUACUUACAGAUUAUUUGGAUGUGUUUCUACUUAAAUAAAGAUAAACAGACAAAAAAAAAA